AUGGCAAAAAAGAGUAAAGGCAAGAAAGGAGCCACAGACGACAUGUACGACAUGUACACGGAGAUGAAUGAAGAGCCGGCCCAGGAGGAAGAGUAUGUGGAGGAGUGCGUGGAAGAGUGCGCCGAGGAGGGGUGCGAAGAAGAGGGCGUGCCUGAACUGUCUGCGAAGAAAGAGAUUCUUAGCAAGCUGGAGCGGCUCACGAUGCAGCCGGUGAUUCAGAGGGCAAAGGUGGAGGUGAAGGCCAAGCAGCCAGAAGAGAUGGAGACAGACUACAGAAGUCCGAUUUGCUGCAUUCUGGGGCAUGCCGACACGGGGAAGACCAAAAUAUUGGACAGAAUAAGGGAGUCUGAUGUGCAGCUCUCAGAGGCCGGGGGAAUAACGCAGCAGAUCGGGGCAACGUACAUCCCCAUAGCCGAGCUAACCAAGAAGUACAAAAUAACGUCGGACAAGCUGCCAGGAAUACUCGUGAUAGACACUCCGGGGCACGAAGCAUUCUCGAAUUUGCGGUCGAGAGGGUCCUCGAUGUGCAACAUUGUUGUGCUUGUGGUUGAUAUUAUGCACGGGCUUGAGCUGCAGACAAAGGAAAGCAUAGAGCUUCUUAGGAGCCGAAAAACGCCUUUUAUCAUUGCGCUGAACAAAAUAGACCGGAUCAACGAGUGGAAGUCGGCAGACACGCCUUUCUCGCUGAAGAGCCAGAGCAAGGCAGCCAAGCUGGAGUUCAAGGACAGGUACGAGAAAAUACAGCUGGAGCUCUCCAGCAUCGGGCUGAACUCCGCGAUUUUCAUGAAAAACCCAAACCCGAAGGCGUACGUAAACAUCGUGCCCACCUCUGCCGUGACCGGGGAAGGAAUAUCGGACAUGCUUUCGGUGCUUCUGAACCUUGUGGAGACAAACCUCCUCAAAAGAGUAAAGUUUGAGGAGACGGUGCAGUGCAUGGUUCUGGAGUCUCGGUCUGAGGAGGGGAAAGCAGCGACAAUAGACGUGAUUUUGUCGAAUGGAGUGCUGUCGGUUGGCGACCGGAUUGUGGUGUGCACGCAGAACGGAGCUGUUUCUACAGUGAUCCGGCACUUGCUGACGCCAAACCCCAUGAAGGAGACCAGAGUCAAGUCCAAGUACAAGGAAAACAAGAGCGUGAAGGCAGCGGUUGGGGUGCGAAUAUCCGCGCCCAGGCUUGAGGGCGUGCUUGCAGGGAGCAAGCUGGCGGUGGCAAAGAGCGACAGCGAGGUAGACAGCCUGAUCGAGGAGGCAGACGCGCAGAUCCGGGAAACCGUGCAGAACUUUAUUUCGGGAAACAACAAGACGACGUCUGGGAGCAUUUUUGACGUGGUCGGAGAAGACGGAAUACACGCACAGGCUAGCACACUGGGAGCUUUGGAGGCGCUCAUCUCCAUACUAAAGGGGGCAGACAUCCCGAUUCGAACCGUGGGCGUGGGAAGCAUUUCAAAGAAGGACGUGAUAAAGGUGUCCACAAUAUCCGAAAAGCGCCCGGAGUAUGCGGCUAUGCUGUGCUUUGACGUGUUUCCGUCGCAGGAGAUGCUCGCCUUGGGGAAGGAGCUUAAGGUCACCUUCUUGACCGCAGAGAUAAUAUACCACUUGACAGAGAAGUACAAAAAGCACAUGGAGGCGCACUGGGUUCUGGCCGAGGAGCAGCUAAAGGAUAAAGUAAUCUUCCCGUGCAUACUGAAGAUCCUGCCUGGGUGCGUGUUCACAAAAAGAUCGCCCCUUGUUUUGGGCGUGAAGGUAGUGGGCGGUAUACUGCGGCUGGGAACUCCGCUUGCCGUUGUGCGCGACGGGGAAGUUGUCCGCAUAGGAAAAGUAACGAGCAUUCUGGAGGACACAAAAGUAAAGCCCAGGAACGACAAAAUUCCUGCAGAGGGCCGGGCUUCCAUAAAGGUAGAGGUAUCCGCAACACAGCAGCCCAUCAUAGUGGGCAGGAAGCUCUUUGAGACAGACGAGAUUGUAAGCAGAAUAACAAGGGAGUCCAUAGACCUGCUGAAGGAAAACUUCAAGGACGCACUUGCAAAGGAAGACUGGAUGACCGUUAUAAAGAUUAAAAAGGUGCUGGGAAUCAGCUAG